CUCGGCAUUAUGUCAGCAUGAGAGAUACUUACAUCUUAUCUCACACACCAAUGCUUCUUGCAAUUUUAGAUAACGUUGUGUCCCUGUCCGGAGUUGCGAACCGCAUUAACCAGUCUUUCUAUUGUUUGCGGAACACAUGUAAAAUCAGUAAUUGCGUCUUGGAGGCACCAUUACUCCAAAUCCGCUUACACGAGCGUGGGUUAUCACACACAGCUUGCAUUACAACAGCUUGCAGGGCAAUUGAGACUAGGCCAGAUGGUAAUUCAUUGUUAGACCACAGGAGCGCCGGAGGGCUAGUCUCUCGCAAUGUUCGGUGGUUUCAUGGCGAUGGUGGAGACACUUCCUUCAUCACCCCUCCUAGUCCUGGGAAAGAAAGGGAGAGGCAUCGUUCAGAGCGUGCCGAAUACGUCCAGGCAGUGGCCUUGCAGCGCGUCCGGUCGUGUUGUACGUUGCAGGAGCUUUUGGAUAUUUCCGGAACAUUGGUACGCAACGAUUGCCUUUGUUGCGGGAAGGGGGCAUGCAGUGCAGUAUGGGCAUUGCCGAUUCACACAGCGAUUCUAGGUUUCCCGCCGGUAUAACGAGGCUAUGACCAUACACUAUGACCCCGUAGCUGCAUGUCCCUUUAUCACCGCGCAUGCGACGCCAAGGCACUACCUCAAAUCAAACUUGCCUUGGUGUUUUCCGAAAGUAUUAAACCGGUCAUGUUGCUGGUCCUGGAUAUAGGCGUCGUCGCCAGCUCUGGUGACCCAAGCUGCCUUGCAGGCGCCGCGUGCUGCGCAUUGGCCUUUGAACCCCUCUGAGCGUCAACAGCUUCUGCAGCUUAUGGGAAGCCUUGUUGGGCAGUGUGCAAUGUUAGUAUGGGGCUGUGAGCGCUGUUGUUGGAAGGGCCAGCUUUGCGUAGCUAUACGCGCUUUCCUUUCUGUCAAACUCAACGUAGGUAAACUCCUGUGUGGGGUUCCAACAAGCCACACGCAUAAGGUUUGUAUGCCCCACAACAGGCACAUGGAGCGUUACGACGUACGGCAGCUGGCAUCUCUGGUGGGCGCAUGCGUACGUGCACACUAUCAACCUACGGAGCUGGUGCUCCCGCUUGAAAUUAGGUUAACAGCGGAUGCACGUAGGGGCCAUCUGCAGGACUCUGCAUCAGACGUCGCUGCACUUGCCACGAACCUCUCCCGCCUGCGUAUUAAACCGGCGCGUUUGUGGCACGCCGUCAGCGAAGCAGCACUGGCAUGCUUAGGGCGUGCCAAGCAUGCGGACGUGGUCGCGCUUCUCGCGGCGCACGUGCGAGCCGAGGCAGCUAACAGGAAGCUGUUUGACAAGGCGGUUGCCAGGAUGACGGCGGACCUACGGGACGCCCAACCUCAGGAUGUUGCUACGCUCAUGUGGGCCCUCGCACGGUCUGGCUCUACUUGCUCGCGGUCCCUGCUGCGCUCCCUGAACCUGCACUUCACCGUGCGCGGUCCCGAGUACGGGGUGUUGCAGCUGGCCACGGUAGCAGGCGCAUGCGCCAAGAUGGGCGUGAACGACGGAGAGCUGCGUAGGCGGUUGGCGCAGCGCGGCGCCGAGGCCCUGGGCGAGGAGGCGGACGCACUGACCUCCACUGCCUCGCUGGGCUCGCGCCUGCUGCGGCAGUACGGUCUGGGCAGCACGGCCCGGGCGGCUCAACCCGUCACCAGCCGCGCAGUGGCCGUCCUCGUGACGGGGCUCUGCAGCAUGGGCCCAGCAGAGCCGGAGCUGCUGCGGGCAGCUGUGGACCUGCUGACGGCGCUGGCGGCCCAGGCUGCUGCAGGCGGCGCAGCUGCGCCUGAUGCGGCCGACGUGGAGCAGGUGGCCGGGGCGGUGCUGCAGGCGGGGCUGACGGAGGAGCACGCGGCACUGCGGCAGGCGUGCAGCCCACCCCACCUGCAAGACAUGGACGCUGGAGGAAAGCACCCUGGCAGCUGACGGCGUAGCGUGAUGGCGGUGUUUGCUUCUUGUAUGUUUCCUGUGGUUGUUAGCGGGGCAUAAGAUUACAGUUGUCCGUAGAGUUUUGCGCGUUGGCUACCCAAACUUGUGUGGCGGCCUUUUAGUCUGGUGCUGUUCGGGACGUCACCCCAAUGGGGGGACGCUGCUCAGGUCUUGGUCAUGUGAAGGUGCAAGGCGUGUGAUACCUCCUGGCACGUAUGAGCUGGAGCCCGUGGACCUAAUGAUUAGGGUCAACUCGCCUGCGAGAUAGGGUUAUAGCAUUCGUUUCUCGUAGACAGCAGUUUAGACAGCACCAGCGAAAAGACGCUUACUCCGCAUCCGCAUCCUUCUCCCAGGCAUUGCCUGCUGUGUGCAAUGAGGUCAUCCGAGCCAUGUGCGUCUGAACCAUGCCAAUGUUUUUUCUUCUGCCAGGGAUGCAAGGGGGUUCCUCAUGCCGUGUCUGCGCGUCGCUGUACCUGUGCGAGGAUGUGCGCGUGUGCAUCUUGUUGUUGUCGUUGCGACUGGGAGUGGUGCGGACAUACCGUCCCAGCUGUGGCACAUGGUGUGUUUUGAUGGCUUCUAGGUAGGGGAACUGUUUUCCAACAGGGGAAUACAUGCAGUUGGGCCUUGUACGAACCAAUAACAUGGUAAGCCAAGACUGUAGCACGGAGGGUCGAAAGUAUGGCCGAAGGUUUGUACUUUGGUUACUGUUAGGCUAACUGUUGCAGAAUAGACCAAGAGCAAGUGGUGAUAGUCCAUUCGGUACGUGUGGUGAAGUGAGAUGAUGCUGAAAUGAAUGGCAAGAGGGUAGAAGGGUUUGAGGCAAGGGUUUGAAGUUGUAUUGAAGAGGAACCGUGGUGGAUGCGGUUUUCUGAAAACUGGUGAAUUGCCAGUCACUGGUGUUCCUGCAGGCUGGUGUGCUGGCGCAUUCUGGUUCCUCUGUGUAAAGCACACACGC